AUGCAAAACGAACAGCUUAACGAAUUUACACCAGCUGAACAUAUCCAUCAAAUUCGUUCAUAUUUUGAGGUAAUCGAUAAUGCAAUUAAUAUUGGUGAUACUAAUAGAAGAUAUAUCGAUGCAAAAAUUCCAUCACAACCAGGAAGCGCAAAGGAUCAUAACUGGGUCACAUUCAAUUUAUCUCCGCCAGGUGAAAAUAUGCUAGACCUUUAUAACACAUUCCUUACAACUACCUAUAAAAGUAAAUAUAUCCUGGAUAAAGCUAUUACUGGCUCAUCAAUUCCAAAUACUAAUUCUCCAGGUUUCUUUGGCGUUUUUGAUGAAUCAAUUUACACCAUUGAAGCAUAUCAGUUAUUAGCAAAUGGAAGAGUUAUUUAUAGUCAGGAUAACGCAAGAGAAGAAGCAUAUAUCAUUUCUAAUUCACAGACUACAGAACAAAUAAAGAAAGUUGAUGUUUUCUCAAAAACGAGACAUAAAGAUGUAUGGAAACGUUCUGGAACAGUUCGAACAGGUCAAAUUAUCUCAGGACCUUUAGUUGCAGGAGCUGAAAUUAAUUUUGACAUUAAAAUAAAGAUUCCAUGUCGUAAAUUCCUUAUUCUAGAAGUUAUUAGAUUUAUUCCUGCUUUUGCAGGCAACAUUCAGUUAAAGGUUAAAUUUAGUAGCGAUGCAUUCCAGGUAACAGCACUGCCGGUAGAAGAUAUUUUAGCUCAUAAUCCUUCUUUAAUCAGUCAGGUAAAAGAUAAUUAUGACCCACCAACUAAUAAAUUUGUUCCAUGGAAUGAACCAUUCAAUAUGAUAACAGCAGUUUCUAAAUCAAAUGGUGAAAUUACUGUUUCAACAGUUGAACAAAGAUUAACGAAGAAAUCAGCUGAAUUCAUUGAUUGCUUCAUUCAUCCUAAAGCAUUUUCACUCGAUCCAAAUAUUUACACUGAAUUAGUCGAUCAUUAUACAUCACAAGCUUUAUGUUUUCCAAUUAAAGUAAUGGACUGGAUUCCUAUGGACGGUUCGUUCAGUAAAGGUUCACCAUCAGCAACUUUCACAGCAGCUUAUACACCAAUUAACGUUAAAAGCAUUUGGGCUUUAUUUAGGAAGAAUGAUAAUUAUAUCGUGAAUUUCGAAAAUCCUCAAUUUGAAACCCUUCAAUUAUCAAUGGGUGCUUAUGGAAGUAUGCCAGCUGAACCGAGAGCUCUUACGGUCCG